ACGUUCAACACCUGUCUUACGGCUCCUUCUACAGUUUUCUCUCUCUCUCGAUCUGUCAGAACUGAGAAGCGAAAGUUUCGGAGCUUUACGAACAACCUUUGUUUUAUAUCAAUUCGAGCGAUUCGAGCGGUUGAUUUCGCUCGCAAGUUUCAUGUUAUCAUCAAAGCUAAUUCAAAGAUAAAAGCUUCAGUCUCUGGUUUUCUAUGCCAGAGAUUGAACAGGUCGACGGUGAUGGAGAGCCGGAGAUCGGCCAAUUAUCACCACAGAAUUCGUUCUUUGGCAAAUAUGAGCUUGGAAAGCUCCUCGGCUGUGGAGCUUUCGCUAAGGUCUACCAUGCCAGAAACAUUGGAACAGGGCAAAGCGUCGCCAUUAAAGCGAUUAGUAAGCAUAAGAUUGUUAAGGGAGGUUUGGUUCCUCACAUCAAGCGGGAAAUCUCUAUCAUGCGCCGUCUGCGACAUCCUCGAAUCGUGAGGCUUAUCGAAGUCCUCGCCACCAAAACUAAGAUAUAUUUCGUAAUGGAGUUCAUCAAGGGCGGGGAGCUUUUCUCUAAGAUCGCUAAAGGGCGGCUUAACGAGGAUCUUAGCCGUCGGUAUUUCCAGCAAUUGAUUUCCGCCGUCGGAUACUGCCAUUCCCAUGGUGUCUACCACAGAGAUCUGAAACCAGAGAAUCUCCUCAUCGAUGAUAACGGAGACCUCAAGGUUUCUGAUUUCGGACUCAGCGCUGUAACAGAUCAGAUCCGAGACGACGGUCUUCUACACACACUAUGCGGCACACCGGCUUACGUGGCACCGGAGAUUCUCGCGAAGAAAGGUUACGAUGGGGCUAAGGUGGAUAUCUGGUCAUGCGGUAUAAUUCUCUAUGUAUUAAAUGCUGGUUAUCUUCCCUUCAACGAUCCAAACCUCAUGAAAAUGUACAAGAAGAUCUACAGAGGAGAGUUUCGGAAUCCAAAAUGGUUCUCACUGGAUCUCCGACGAUUGCUGUCUCGGCUCCUCGAUACGAACCCGGAGACACGAAUCACUGUCGAUGAAAUCCUCCAUGAUAAUUGGUUCAAAAAGGGAGGGUUAACGGAGCUGAAAUUUCACGAAGACGAAGACGAUUUCCUCGCUCUGAAAGGUGAUAAAGACGAACAGAGUGACCGGUUUUUGAACGCCUUCGACAUAAUCUCCUUCUCUUCGGGGUUUGAUUUGUCGGGUCUGUUUAACGGAUCCGAUAAUCCAGUCCAUGCGACGAGAUUCGUAUCAGCCGAGUCACCGGAGAGAAUAAUCGAGAAACUCGAGGAAGUUGGGAAACGAGAAGAGAUAUCGGUGAAAAAGAAGCAAGAUUGGCUGAUUGGAAUGGAAGGGCAAAACGGUAAUUUGAAGGUCAGAAUCGAGGUUUUCCGCUUGACCGAUAAUCUGGUGGUGGUGGACGUGAAGAAGAAGGGCGGUGAUGUCGAGUCUAGCGAAGGGGUCUGGAGUACAAAGAUUCGGCCGGAGCUGUGUGCCUUGGUCCACCGACCGGAAACUGGCGUUUCCGGUGAAGCUCCUUCUACAUCAUAACAAUGCAGCGGUAGACUUGCGGGUUCCGGGUUAGACUGUCGGACUCGGAUGUGCUUCUUUUUAUCGUAAUUUAUGUCUCUGUCUCUGUAGUUAAAUAACAAAUUGCUUAAUAAGAAAAACAAAAAAACAUAAACAAAAACAAAUUGCAAGAAUCGGGUUUGGUCCUGUUAUUGUUUUUGCCUGGUUCUUGUAAGGAACACUUUUUUGUUAUCAUUUGUGAAGCACAACCUGUGGCACUGUUGCUUUUCAUC